AUGAGGGUUGCCUUCGCAGGGAGUGCUGUCUUCACAUGGGGUGGUGCCUUCGCAAGGUAUGCUGCCUUCGCAGGGAGUGCUGUUUUUGCACAGAGUGCUGCCUUUGCACGGAGUGCUGUCUCUGCACGGAAGGCAACAAUCGCAAGUAGUGCUUACUUUGCACGGUAUGCUGCCUUUGCAAGUAGUUCUGCCUUCGCAAAGAGUGCUGCCUUUGCAAGGAGUGCUGCCUUCGCAAGGAGUGCUUCCUUCACAAAGAGGGCUGCCUCAGCAAGGAUUGCUGCCUUCGCAGGGAGUGCUGCCCUCGCAAGGAGUGGUGUCUAUGCAGAUAGUGCUGCCUUCGCACAGGUUGCUGCCUUUGCAAGGAGUGCUGCCUUCGCAAGAAGAAAUGCCUUCGCAAGGAGUGCUGCCUUCGCAAUGAGGGCUGCCUUCUCUAGGAGUGCUGCCUUGGCAAGGAGUGCUGCCUUCGCAAGGAGUGCUGCCUUCGCAAGGAGUGCUGCCUUCGCAAGGAGUGCUGCCUUCACACGGAGUGCAGCCUUCGCACAUAGUGCUGCCUUCACACGGAGUGCUUCCUUUGACAGAGUGCUGCCUUUGCAAGGAGUGCUGCCUUCGCAAGGAGUGCUGCCUUCGCAAGGAGUGCAGCCUUCGCAAGGAGUGCUGCCUUCGCAAGGGAGUGCUGCCUUUGCACAGAGUGCUGCCUCCGCAAGGAGUGCUGCCUUUGCAUGGACUGUUGCCUUCGCAAGGAGUGCUGCCUUUGCAAGGAGUGCUGCCUUUGCAAGGAGUGCUGCCUUUGCAAGGAGUGCUGCCUUCGCUAGGAGUGCUGCCUUCGCUAGGAGUGCUACCUUCACUAGGAGUGCUGCCUUCGCGGGGAGUGCUGCCUACGCAGGGAGUGCUGCCUUCGAAAGUAGCGCUGCCUUCGCAAGGAGUGCUGCCUUCGCAAGGAGUACUGCCUUCGCAAUGAGUGCUGCCUUCACAAGGAGUGCAGCCUUCGCACGUAGUGCUGCCUUCGCACGGAGUGCUGCGUUUGCAAAGAGAUCUGCAUUCGCAUUGAGUGGUGCCUUCGCAAGAAGUGCUGCCUUCGCAUGGAGUGCUGCCUUCGCUAGGAGUGCUGCCUUCGCAAGGAGUGCUGCCUUCGCAAGGGGUGCUGCCUUCGCACGGAGUGCAGCCUUUGCACGUAGUGCUGCCUUCCCACGGAGUGCUGCCUUUGCACAGAUAUCUGCAUUCGCAGGGUGUGGUGCCUUCGCAAGAAGUGCUGCAUUCGCAAGGUGUGCAGCCUUCGCUAGGAGUGCUGCCUUCAAAAGGAGUGCUGCCUUCGCAAGGAGUACUGCCUUCGAAAGGAAUGCUGCCUUCGCAAGGAGUGCUGCCUUCGCUAGGAGUGUUGUCUUCGCAAGGAGGGCUGCCUUCGAGAGGAGGUCUGCCUUCCCAGGGAGUUCUGCCUUCGCAAGGGGUAAUGCAUUCGCAAGUAGUGCUGCCUUCUCAGGGGUACUGCCUUUGCAACGAGUGCUGCCUCCCAAUGAGUACUGCCUUCGCAAGGAGUGCUGCCUUCGCAAGGAGUGCUGCCUUCGCAAGGAGUGCUGCCUUCGCAAGGAGCGCUGCCUUCGCAAGGAGUGCUGCCUUCGCAAUGAGGGCUGCCUUUGCAGGGAGUGCUGCCUUCGCAUGGGGUGGUGCCUUCGCAAGGAGUGCUGCCUUCGCAAGGAGUGCUGCCUUCGCUAG